ACGUGUCACGUGACCUUAAGUUUGGUGUUGACGUUAGCAGAGUUAGAUGUGACACGAGAGGCAUCCAGGAACACAGUAAUGGGUCAAGAAACAGGCAAGUCUGCAUGGCCCAAACCAGCUGGAGGAUACCAGACCAUCUCAGGCAGGAGAUACGGCCGAAGACACGCAUACAUUAGCUUCCGCCCGGUUACAGACAAACGCAGAGCCACAUCCACUGUGGACUGUCAGAGCAUGAAGAGGACCAGUAGUCAUAAGGACCAUGCAGUGGCCUCUAAGGGCAACAUUUCUUCAGUGCUUCAGACCAUCAUCCCAGUGGCACCCUCAAAUUCACUGCGGCCUGGUUUAAAUGCAACAUCAAAUCGGCAUGGCCAUAGUAGGAAACAGUCCUUGUUGUACAAAGCCCUAAAAGCCCCUGCAAACCAUUUAAAGAGACCAAAGAGUGACCAGGUUGUGCCAUAUGAUAGUAACUAUCAUUCUGAUAUAGAUAGAAAUAAUCAGGCCAGAGUUUGGCCCCAACAUGAAGAAACCAAGACCCAAACAAGCCCUGAAGUUCUGAGCUACAUCAACAUUGACGCCUAUGAGCCUGACAGUAGCGAUGCUGAUGAGGAGGACUUGAGUUCCAACCCAUCUCAGGCCGCUCAGGAGAAGAGACUUGAUGGUUUGAUUUGCAAACUGGGAGUAAAUGUAGAUUCCCUUGAAGAUUCAGAACAUUCACCAGAAGUGGCACCUUCUAAAACAUCAACAGAACUCGGUUGUGCUGAACCAGAUUCACACAGAACAGUAAAAGCAAACAGGAAAGUUGGUCAGUUGUUGGUUGGUGAAGACCAUGUUCCUAAAUGCCAAGGGGUGACGGCAAGCGCCGGCCCCGUUUCCUUCAAAAAUGUUGGAAAUACAGAUCCUGAAGAAAUAUUUCAGUCAGAAAUGGUCGUAAGGCCAAAGAUCCGCAAACAGACGAGCGAGACACGCCUUGAAAGGAGGAAACGGCCUGAAAAAGAGGAAAAGGGUCAUUUGUCAGGCUCGGUAGUCAAGUGUGACUCGGCACCUCCGGGUUUCCUCGCACAAACAAGCCGUGAAAGGGAGUUCCCCUUUGAUUUCCCUCCCUUGACACUGAAUGACCUCAACCCUCUGCAGAGGACACGAGAGGAUAGUUGCAACACUACAAAAUAUGACGAUGAUGAUGAGAUCUGGGAAGAUCUAAAGAACUUUGGAGAGAAAAAGGUGGACAUAUCUGAAAAGAGCCAUGAAAGCAGCAGCGAAGAAUGCAGCGAGGGCGAGUGGUCGGCCUCAUGGACGUCUGACUCGGGGCUGGAGAAGGAGAGGUGCACCAGUGAAGAAAGCUGGGAGACUCUGCAUGGCAUGGAUGAGCUGCCUGGUUGCAGCAGCAGUAGCAGCAGUCUGGAAGAAGUGCCUUCUCUCAACCUUGCUCUAGAGGAGCAGACCCCUCUGGAAGAGGGUGAGAUCCCCUGGCUGAUGUAUAAUGAGGACUCGGGCAGCAGUAGUGAUGAGGAUCCGGAUGGUGUGAGUCAGUUUGUCCACCCUGGACUCUUUAUCCUGGAUGGCAACAACAACCUGGAAGACGACUCCAGCAUGAGUGAGGAUCUGGACACAGAGUGGAGGUUUCUUGAUGAAUUUAAUGAGGGUUUUGGGAUGGCUCAAGCAAUCUCUUAUGUGGAUCAUUCCCAGCUCCUCACUUACAUGGCAUUGGAGGAGCGUCUCGCUCAGGCUAUGGAGGCAGCACUGGCUCAUCUGGAGUCUUUAGCUGUUGAUGUGGAGCAGGCCCAUCCCCCUGCUACCGAACAGAUCAUCAACUGCCUACCACAGAUCACAGUGCAGGCCGACAACACUGAGCAGGAGCAGUGCUGUGCCAUCUGCUGCAGUGAAUAUGUCAACGAUGAGAUUGCCACUCUGCUGCCGUGCCGCCACAUGUUCCAUAAACUCUGUGUCACUCUCUGGCUCAGGAAGUCUGGUACGUGUCCAGUGUGUCGGCAUGUUCUGACCUCAGCUGAGACCGAAUCCCCGUCUUUAAAUUCUGAACAAGACACAUCACCGUCCAAUCACAGCGCACCUGGAGGAACAUGCUGAUCUCUGCGCACCCAUCAAUCAAAACAUCCCCCAGUGUAAUAUUCCAAUAAUAAUAAUAAAAAAUAAUCAUAGUACCACAAAACAGUUUUGCAUCUGAUAGUUCUUUGCUGUCCGGCGACAGGCCUGGUGUUAAUAAGCAUCGCUUUAAUCAAUUCAGCAUUCUGACAAAGCAGCAUCCCAAGAAGGUUGCUACCCUGAACUCUCUCUUAACAAUUCAGCUAUCCAAUCAGAGGUAAUUCAGUUGGCUGAGGUGCAUUGUAACUUCCUGAUUUAAGCAUACAUACCUGGAAAAUAAAUG